AUGCUGUUUAACGUGAGGAACAUCUUCAGUAUUGCAAAACCAACAAGGACCAGCAAGGAGAUGCUGCGACAGUUUUGGUAUGGGCAACCAGCUCAAAUGAAUGUUCACCUGAAAGGACGUGACCUCCUUACUUUACACAACUACACAGCAGAUGAGCUGAAGUAUUUGCUGUGGAUGGCCUCAGAUUUGAAACAAAGGAUAAAACACAAAGGAGAGUAUUUGCCUUUGAUGCAAGGAAAAUCUUUGGCCAUGAUUUUUGAGAAGAGAAGCACAAGAACAAGAUUAUCUGCAGAAACAGGUUUUGCUCUUCUUGGUGGGUAUCCUUCCUUCCUUACAACUCAAGAUAUACAUCUGGGCACUAAUGAGAGUCUCACAGAUACAGCAAGGGUGCUGUCCUGCAUGACAAAUGCAAUCUUGGCUCGAGUUUAUAAGCAUAACGAUCUGGACCUAAUGACGAAAGAAGCCACGAUCCCAAUAAUCAAUGGAUUGUCCGAUUUAUACCAUCCUCUCCAGAUUUUAGCAGAUUACCUAACUCUUCAGGAGCACUAUGGUGGACUAAACGGGCUCACUAUCACCUGGAUUGGAGAUGGAAACAAUGUCCUCCACUCCAUCAUGACAAGUGCUGCAAAGCUGGGCAUGCACCUGUGUAUUGCAACUCCUAAGGGCUUUGAACCAGACCUGAGAAUAACUGAAAUAAGUGAACAAUACUCCAAAGAGUAUGGUACCAAGUUACUUCUCACAACAGAUCCUUUGGAAGCUGCAGCUGGUGCCAAUGUCUUAAUUACGGAUACAUGGAUAAGUAUGGGACAAGAAGAGGAAAAGAAAGAAAGACUAAAGGCAUUUCAAGGUUAUCAGAUUACAAUGCAGACUGCAAAAUCUGCUGCUUCCAACUGGACGUUUUUACAUUGUUUACCUAGAAAACAUGAAGAAGUUGAUGAUGAAGUAUUUUAUUCCCCACAAUCCUUGGUUUUCCAGGAGGCUGAAAACAGAAAAUGGACAAUUAUGGCUGUCAUGGUUUCCCUGCUGACAGAUUACUCACCACAGCUACAAAAGCCUACAUUUUGAUGCUUGGAUUCCUGCCAAGAGAAAAAUGUCCCUCAUCGGCAGAAUAUUCUGGUCCACAAAUACAUAGAUCUUCAGAAAUGAACAAAGCAAUGAAUGAUUCUUCAAUAAAACUGCAUAGUUAGCUGUAUAAUAUUGCAUUACAUUCGUGAAUAUGUUCAAGACAAUAAGCACCACUGCAAAAGCUAUUUUUCAUCUUGAUGCUCCAAGUUGUCUAUCUUUUCUAGGGAUCAGCAUCACGGAAAAUGUUCUAAGGUUGUACUUUAACAUACAAUUAAUGUGUAGACUAUGCUAUGCCUUUACCAGUACCAUAGGCAUAGCAUAGUCCACACAUAGCUGUGUUGGAACUCAGAUAAUGUAAUAUGACAGACAUAAACUUCUAACUAAACGUGUCCAUUUACGCACAGAGAAGGAAGUAUGCACAGAGAAGCAGUACUUUAGUUUGCCAUGAAUGCCUGCACCUCCUGGACAGCCUGGCUCCAGCCAGCCUCCAAAUGCCGUUUCUGUUUGACACUGAAAAUAUAUAGACCUUGUGAGCAUUAU